AGAGGCAGUUCCGGGAGAUGGCUGAAGGAAAGCCGGAGUUUCCAGAGAGAAGGCGGUGGGGUUGAUGUUGUCGGUGAGGGAAGAAGGAAGGGCAGGAUGUAGUGUUUAAAGAAGCCUUGGGGUCAGGGAUUGUGCAUUUAUUUUGUGGGAGAGAGGGAGAAUUCUGAUCUUGCAAGUCCAACCAGUGAUUUGUAUGUGUUGUAAGCCUGAUCCCUCCAACUUGUUGGCUCAAGUUUGUAGCUUUAGAGUAAUUGAUUGCCCCUAUGUGAAGGUAGGAUGUCAAGCGACACUUACGUUAAGGAUAUCAAAGCUGGUUUAAAAAAUCUCAACCUUCUCUUCAUUGUCCUGGAGAUAGGACGAGUGACGAAAACAAAGGAUGGGCAUGAAGUCAGGACAUGCAAAGUCGCUGAUAAAACCGGCAGCAUCAAUAUAUCUGUUUGGGAUGACGUGGGAAGUCUGAUCCAGGCUGGAGACAUUAUCCGACUGACCAGAGGAUAUGCUUCAAUCUGGAAAGGAUGUCUGACACUUUACACAGGGAGAGGAGGUGACCUUCAGAAAGUUGGAGAAUUUUGUAUGCAGUAUUCAGAAGUGCCAAAUUUCAGUGACCCAAAUCCUGAGUACAUGGCCCAACCGCUGUCACAGAACAAACCGACUCCACCUGAACAAAGUUCUUCAACAGCUAGUCCAGCGCCUUCAACUCCCUCUGUUAGUACCGGUAAUGAGAAUCUGAACGCUGCUGGCACAACUGGAGCUUCCCCAGGCAACUCGAAUCACCAGCCGCCAGCGGCAGCAGCGGCUGGAAGAGGCAAUGGACGCAGCCCAGGAAAUAACCAGGCAGUGGCCACAUCCACCUCCACCCCAGCAACCACCACUCUUAGCAAUGGAAGGGAUCCACGGCGGUUAAUGUCAGGUGAACAGAAUGCAGGCUUGACAGGGAAAUUUCCCAUCAAAGUCCUGGGGAAGCUGCAGAGAUUUGCACAUCCAACAACAGAGUAAGUUCCCCAGGAUCAGCAAAUCAGCUGAGUGGGAUUUUAGGACUUCCACCAUAACUGGGUGAAAGUUCAGAACUUCCAAGCAAAGCGAGUGAAGACCAGCAGCUGCAAGUAGAGUUGUGGUCUUUUAAGCAGGAGGCCUUCCUCAUUAUCUCCUUGUGGCCCCGUUUCAAAGUUUAUUUGAUUAUGCUCCUGCAAAGACCCUCCGGAUGAUCUGUCAUAUUAAAGACCAUAUAUAAUUUUGCGGCUAUGUAUGUUGUAACAGUGGAUUUCUGUGACUUCUUUGAUCAGUGCAUUGCAGCUAAGCUUGAUCCUCCAAAUGUAAACUGAUAUUUGUUCAGUGUCUCUCUCGCACUCAAAUAGCCACCCUGGGCAAUUGCUGCUAAAGGGCGUGGAAGACAUUUGUUAACUUCUGUCUGCAUUUGGAAAUGGCCUUGGGACUUUCCUAGUGCUGUGUGGUGCAGCUACUCUUGGGCAUGCCAGGGAUCUAGUUCCUUCCCCACACCAUCUCUUUCUAUAGGUGAGUACCUAGCAUCCACUAAACAACUCCUCAUAACAGAACAUCCAAAAUAGGAGUUCAUUGGAUGGUCUCCUCUUCUUGCCUUGUUCCCAAGAAUGAUACUUGAGUACAUACACCCAGAGAUUGUGGCCAGUUUUUAAAAUAUUUUGCUUCUUCAUUUUUCAAAGCUCUUUACUCGCAUUGCUAAUUUUCUUAAAUAAAACAGAGAAUGUUGGAAACACUCAGAAGACCAAGUGGCAUCUGUGGAAAGGGAACCAGAGUUGAUGUUCCAAAUUGGAACCCCUUCAUCAGAAUUGGAAAAGAGGGUGCGGGAGGGAAUUGAGUAGAACAAAGGAAAUAUCAAUGUUAAGGUGGGACGAAAUGAGCGAAUGGGGACAAUGGAAGUAAUAGUUAGAAGCACAGAUCUGCGUAGCAAGUUUCUCCAUACAGAGGGUGGUGGUUAUGUGGACUGAGCUGUCAAGGGAGGAGGUGCAGCGGGUACAAUUACAAUGUUUAAAAGGCAUUUGGAUAGGUAUGUGGUUAGGAAAGCAAUCGAGGGAUGUGGGCCUAAUGCGAGUAAAUAGGCAUAGUGUUGAUAAGCAUCACGGUCAGCAUGGAUAAGGUGGUCAUAAUGGUUUGUUUCUGUGCUGUGCAAUUCUAGUAUUUGGUGUAUAUAUUUUUUAAAGCAUCAGAUUACUGAGUCAGGCAGUAAUUUAUUCUCUGUAUUCAGAUUUUUGAGACUAAGUUCCACUCUCGUUCUUGACGAUAUUCCAAGUGCAGUCCAGCUGACUUUUUGCCAUGCUUUUUUUCACUGCCAUGCCUUGAAUUCUUUAUAAAUGAAAAUAUGUGGAUACUGGAAAUCUGAAAUAAAACACAAAAUGCCGGCAACACUGCAGGUUAGGCAGCAUCUACGGAAAGAGAAACAAAAUUAAUGCUUCAGGUCAAAAGCCCUUUGUGUUUCCAGCAUUUCUGUUACUGUUGUUGAACUCUGUGUAGUUUGAAUUACGUUUAAACCCUGGAUCGUUUAGUUGUGCCCAAUCUAGAUGGAGGUGAUGUCGAGAUUUAAUCAUCAAAAGUUUGGGAACUAGUCCAAUGUUAGUGGUUUAUCAACUCACUUGGAACAGAGAAUUUUAGAACAAGUCUAUAUAUAAAAUAUUGGCUUAAAAUAAGCUCCAGAAGUCUGAGUGUGGCUUACACUCUGCUCUGGAGUCUAGGCCACUGUAACUAGUAUUUAGAUAGGGGACAGGUACUAUGAUAACACAAUGCUUAAGAAACCAUGUCCCUUAUUUCUCCAACUUGCUUUUCUGUUGUAUAUUUAUAAAAUGAUAAUAGAUUUAAUUUCCUUGCAAUUAAUAGUACAAAGGCCCCUCUUCUCAUUUCAUUUAUUUGAACCAGUAUGAGAUGAACCAAAAACAGUAGAAACGGGCAACGGUUCAGGUCAAUGACCUUUAAGCAGAACAAGUAAAAAUUAAGCUGCAGAGAAAGAGAGGAGGGAAUAAAGAGAAUAAAGGAGCUGGUUUGUGGUGGGGCGAUGACUCCCACUCAGAGCUUUAGCCCUAUAUGCUGAGUUUUGGUUGAAUAGUGCAGGCUUGAGGAACAGCAUGUCAUUGAGCCACACGGCAUGGAAACAAGCUCUUCAGCUCAACUAUAAUUGCCAUUCAAGGUGCCCCAUCCAAGCUAGUCCCAUUUGCCAUAACCUAAACCUUGAUCCAUGUACCUGUCCAGCUGUCUUUUAAAUGUUAUUGAACCUGCCUCAAUCACUUCCUCUGGUAGCUUAUUCCACACUGAUAUAACCCUUGGGUUCCUAGUCAAGCUUUCUCCUCUUUCCUGAAAGCGAUGCUCUCAAGUUCAUGAUUUUCCAAACCCUGGGAAAAAGACUAAUCCACUCCUCUCAUCACAACCUAGAGCACAGAAUCCAGAGUGAUUUUCCCAGUGGAGAACUGAGGACUGGCUGCACAUUUGGGGGAGUCUUCUUUCAGGUGCAAUGUAAAACAGAGGCAUCAUCUGUUCUCUUGAUGGAUGUAAAAGAUCCUGGGUGCAAUGUUUAUUCUUCAAACCAACAUCAUAGUCAAAAAUAAUCUGAUUCACUACUGCAUUGCUGUUUGUUGGACCUUCCUGUGUGCAAAUUGACUGCUGUAUCUGGUGGCAAAUAAGAAUGUUUGAAGAGUAAUUAAUUGGCUGUAAAACCCUUCAGCGUUUUGUUUAAGGUACUGCCUUAAUGCAAGUGAUUAAAAUGGUAGAAAUUGCAGUACAUGACACAGAAAUGAUCUACUGCAUUUCUACUAGCUGAAAUGAGGAAGGUAUUCAGUUGACCCAUUUCCUAUUGUUUAGUCUGGUAUCCUGCAGGCUGUGGCUCCUCACGAGCUCAUCCGGGUAUCUUUAAAUUGUGGUGAGAGUUUCCGCCCUGUGUUGGGGCCUAGAAUACAUUAACAUGGGUGGUGGUGGAGGCCAAUAGCAUAAGAGCAUUUAAGAGACUCUUAUAUAAGCACAUGAAUAUGCAGAGAAGGGAGGGAUAUGGUCAGUGUGUGGGGAAGAGGAAUUAGAUUAAUUAGCAGUUAUUGGUUUAAUUAAUUCAGCAAACCAUAAAGGCCAAAGGGCCUGUCCUGUGCUGCCUAUUCCAAGUUCUACAUUGCCCUGCAAGGCAGUGAGAUACAGACCACCACCCUCUGAGUGGAGAAACAAAUCUUUGGUUGCCUUGUAAUCCUACUAAUUCUUUUAUAUUCAUAUUCCUUUGGUUACCAAUAUCCCUGCCAAGGAAAUAAACCCUUGAUAGUUGAAGACACCUCAAAUCAAAUCUCUCCUCUGUUCCGUAGAAAAUAACCUUAGUCAUUUCAUCUACUGUGGCAAAUCCUCAUAAAUCUCGCACACUCUGCGGUCCUGUUGCAUCCUUUCUAUGGCGUAGUGACAAGAAAUGUACACGGUACAGUAUAUCAUUUGUGGCCUAAAAGUAUAUCUUGUACAUUUUGAGCAUAUUGCUGAUAACAGUAUAUAUUCCCACUUGACCGUGAGUAAAUCAAAUGAGCAACUAUGUUUCCUAUCUCAGUAAACUUGUCAAGGCCUCCCUCAAUGCUUCCUAUGUGCCAUCGUGUAUGGUUUCCACCUGCAGUACUUGUGUUCUGUUACUGAAUAAGUCCUUUCAGAACACUAACUGCUUUUUUGACUUGUAAAGUGCCAACAGUGGAAACAAUUUUACACAAGCCAGAGUGAGAGCUCUGUAUAAAACCCUGAUCUCUCAGUCCCUUAAUUUUUUGGGAUAACUAUAAAAGUAGAAUGCUGUGCUGUUUAUAAUUUUUAAAUGAUUGUCCUGGAGCCAACACUUAUACCUCACCAAAAUCACUGAAACAGACAAUCUGGUCUCUCUCAUGCUGCAAUUCAGUGACUGUAAGUCAGUAGCACUUCAUUGGCUUAAAAGCUCUUUGGGAUGUUCUCAAGUUGUGAAAGGCACAAUAGAAAUGCCAGUUGUUAUGUUUCACAGGUUGGUAAAGGAAUUGCCUUGCAUUGUCAAAGAAAUACCUGGUGGCAGCAGAUAAGUUCAGAAGUAUUCUGGUUUUAUACAUCAAUGUCAAUUCUGCGAGAAUUGCAGGGCCACUACUUAAAAGCAAGUAUGAAAAUCUCUGACUCUGAAUGUGACCAUGUCUGGUCCUACCUCCACAUGCUGUCUAGGUUACUGGAUGAUUCUCCCAGCCUGAAGAAUCUUCUUCCACACCUCUACUAUCGUAGCAGUGAGAUCUGUUUACACACUGCAGAAUGGGGAUCUGAACCUGGUAUCUUCCUAACUGUUUUUUUAAGUCAAAAUCAUCAUUAAUCAAGAAUUUAGAGGUGCUGUGGCUCUGUUACUGGACUACUUAACCAGAGAUGUGAGUUCAAAUCCCAUGCCCGAUGGUGAAUUUAAAUUCAAGCUUAAGAAACAAGUUAAAUUAUAACUGUUAAAAACUGUCAUGGUGACCACAAAACCAUGAGAUUAUUAUUUUAAAUAAAAACCCUUCAUGUUUACUGAUGACUUUGGGGGUGCUGUCCUUACCCUGUAUGUGACUUUGGCCCACCAAUCGGAUUGAAUUCAAAGUUCAAAGUACAUGUAUGUUACCAUAUACAACCCUGAGAUUCAUUGUCUUGGUAGCCAUUCACAGUAGAUACAUUAAACACAAUAGAAUCAAUGAAAGGCUGCUUUCAAUAGGACAAACAACAACUGUGUAAAUACAAAACAAGAAAAAAAUACACAAUAAUAAAUGAAUAAUUAAUAAACAUUGGGAAAAUUAUUUGUUUAGCCCUUGAAAGUGAGCCCAUAGGUUGUGGGAACAGUUCAUUGAUGGGGUGAGUGAAGUUAUCCCCUCUGGUUCAAGAGCCUUGGCAUUCAAUACGAUCAUUCCCUUAAAACCGUCGAUAAAUUUCAAUACCUCCUUGUGUAACUGGAGGUAUUAGUUGAGUAGUGACUCAGCCGCAGCCUCUCACUCAACGUCAGCAAGACUAAGAAGCAGAUUAUUGAUUUCAAGAGGAGGAAAUCAGAGGUCCAUAAGCCAGUCCUCAUUGGGGGAGAGGGUCAGCAACUUUAAAUUCCUUGGUGUUGGCCAGAAAGAAUGACAAUCUACAAAUUGUCAUUCAAAUGAAUCAAGGACAGUGGAAGCAGUCUUUGUUCUUGCCGCAUGCUUGGGGAUGGAGGCUGCCAUUUUGUGAAGACACUCUGUUCUCCAUUUUGUGAGCAUGACAUGCUGGGCUUGAUCAAUGUUUUAAAGAAGACACAAUGAUUCUUCAGGUCAUCUGCUGGACUGGAGAUCAUUUCCAAAUAAGAAGUUAUUUGUGAGAUGUUCUUUGGUUGGCUAUAGCAUGCAGGUUUGUGAAUGUUGGGGUUGAUGCCUGUCUGAGGUGAUUCAAGCUCAUUGCUGAUUGAGAACAAAGCGCCAUAAAUUAUUGACUGUCACUUGAUGGGAAGAGGGCAAUAAGUGGAUUUUGGCUUAGAGCAGAGCCAAUAACAAGGUGUUAAAGGACAGACACAUGGCCUGUGGCCAAUGACACAGGAAUGCAAUAUUUGAAUUGAUAAGGAAUGGAUAUAGAAGUGGAUGCUUUGUGUGUGCUGGUAGCGGUAACUUCGAAGAAUAACCAUUGCAGAUACAAGUGUAAGCAACCCUGUGUGAAACAUGUGACCAGUGAACCGGGACAACGAGGAACGCCUGGCCAGCGUAAACUCCUUUGCCCGGGUAAUACCUUUGCUAUUCUUUGACUAUUCAGGAGAGUCAGGGAUACUUAGUGGGUGUGCACACAAGGUAUUUAGUGUAUGAAUUCACGUAUUUGUUAGUUUGAACAAUAAAGGUACUUGUCAGUAAAUACAGAUCUCUCUGUGCCUCACUAAGCAUCGUUAUAAGUAGAAGUACAGUAAUUUUUUUUUUAACAACAGUGUUAUCAUUUCAGAGGAUCUGUCCUGGGUCCAGCAUGUAAGUGCCAAUACAAAGAAGGCACAGCAGCACCUCUACUUUUCUUAGAAGUUUGUAAAGAUUUGGCAUGUCAUCUGAAACUUUGACAAACUUUUAUAGAUGUGUAGUGGAGAAUGUAUUGACUGGUUGCACCACUGCCAAGUAUGGAAACACCAAUGCCCUUGUACGGAAAAUCCUACAAAACGUAGUGGAUACGGCCCAGUCCACCAUGGGUAAAGCCCUCCCCACCAGCAGCAUCCAUCUUCAAGGGCCCUGACCAUCCAGGCUAUACUCUCUUCUCACUGCUACCAUCAGGAAGAAGAUUCAGGAGCCUCAGGACCUACACCACUAGAUUCAGGACAGUUAUUACCCCUCAAACAUUAGGUUUUUGAACCAAAGGGGAUAACUGCACUCGUCCCAUUAGUGAACUGUUCCGACAAUCUAUGGACUCACUUUCAAGGACUCUUCAUCUCAUGUUCUCAAUAUUUAUUGCUUAUUCAUUUAUUUUAUUCUUUCCUUUUGUAUUUGCACAGUUUGUUUUUUUUUUGGAAAAUUGGUUUUUGGUCAACCUGUUGGGUACAGUCUUUCACUGAUUCUGUUGUGUUUCUUGUAUUUAUUGUAAUUGCCCAUAAGAAAAUGUAUCUCAAGGUUGAAUAUGUACUUUAAUAAUAACUUUACUCUGAAUUUUGGAUCCUAGAUUUCCUCACUUGCAGGCCUCCACUCAGUUCAGAUUGGCAACAUCAUCUCCAUGAUCUCUAUGAGCACAGGUGCACAACAAGACUGUGUGCUUAGCCCCCUGCUCUACUUCCUUUACGCUUAGGACUGUGUGGCCAAGCACAGCACCAAUGCCAUAUUCAAGUUUGCCGAUGACACCACUGUCAUAGGCUGAAUCAGAGGUGGUGAUGAAUCAGCACAUCGAAGGAAGAUUGAAAAUCUGGCUGAGUGGUGCCAUAACAACAACCUCUCACUCAAUGUCAGCAAGAACAAGGAACUGAUUAUUGACAUCAGGAGAAGGAAACCAGAGGUCUAUGAGCCAGUCCUUAUUGGGAGAUCAGAAGUGCAAAGGGCCUCUGUCUUGACUGUCUUUGGAAAUGGGUUAGCAAGCCACUCAGUUCAAGGGGAAAUAGGCUGAGGAUUAAGUGAGGCUCAUAAGAAAUAGGACAAUGUUUUUUUUUUCAUUUUAUUUGUUCCUUCAGGGAUGUUCUACAUCUAGAUCUAUUUCCAGACUGCAAUCACUGCAUGAAGUAGGACAAAUGACGUGUCAUUGCCACACAGUGGUAAUACUCUGAUAUUGCAGGAGAUCAUCUCACUGUAAAGUUCAAAUCUGCUAGUCUGUGGAAAUUCAACUCUGUUGCUUAGUAGUUAACAAAUACUUCAGGCACUAAUUUUUUUUAAAUAUUCAUGGAUUACUGUUUGCAUUCAGCAAUAAUGUCAGUUAAUGGGAUUGAUUACACAGAUAAAUACUGUGUAAUUUGUGAGGUACAAUCGAUUGCUUGUAUAUUGAAUACACCUCACCAUUUUUUUGACAAAUACUGUUAAUAAAUGCUUCUUUUAAACCUCUUUAAAUGUUUCGUGUAUG